UCUCUGGCGAGACCAGAAAAUAGCUGUGCAGCGACGCUCCCCAUCCAACCUGACAGAGCUUGAGAGGAAUUGCAGAGAAGAAUGGGAGAAAUUCCCCAAAUACAGGUGUGCCAAACAUGUAGCUUCAUAACCAAGAAGACGCAAGGCUGUAAUCGCUGCCAAACGUGCUUCAACAAAGUACUGAGUAAAGGGCCUAAAAUCUUAUGUAAAUGUUAUAUAUCCGUUUUUAUAUUUGGAAUACAUUUGAAACAAUGUCUAAAAACCUGUUUUUGCUUUGUCAUUGUAGGGUAUUGUGUGUAGAUUGAUGAGGGGGAAAAACGAUUUAAUCAGUUUUAGAAUAAGGCUGCAACGUAACAAAAUGUAGAAAGAAUCAAGGGGUCUGAAUACUUUCUGCACUGUAUUUAGGUACAUGAAGGAUCCAACCUUACACAGGAUAAAAUACUUUUUACACAAUAUAAUGAAGCUAUUUUGACACAACCACAAUGAUGCUUUGCAUGUCAGCCCCAAUAACUAUACAAUAAAGUAGGUCUAUUCCAUGAAUAAUAAUAUGGUGAUUAUAGUUAUAAGAAAUCCCCAAAAACUUGAUCAGCAACAACAGACAUUAAAAGUAACACCUCAUUCAAAGUAACCCUAUGUUUUCAUUUGCAACGUCAGUUAUGUGAGCAGGACCAUACACAAUGAAGUAGGUCCUAUUUACAGAACAUUUACAUACCAUAGUAUUGAAUACUUGGAGAAUGGACAUGUUUGGUAAGUAGGGUAAUGGUGGUUGAUCUGUGGUGUCCAGCUGUAGUCCUGGGUCAGAUACACAGAGGAGAUGACUAGUGUGUUGAAGUCAUCCAGGUAAAACCUGGCACCAGUUAUCGGGAUGCAGGUUUGCAGCAGGAAACCUAAAAAAAGGAAAGGUCACUGAACUGUAAGUAACCAUCAGAUCACAGUUUGAAAAGUUAACAAACAUAUUCAAUCUCUCCAUUUCCCACUCUGUUGUUCCAACUUGCUUUAAGUUAUCCACCAUUGUUCCUUAACCCAAGAAAGCGAAGGUAACUGAACUAAAUUACUAUCGCCCCGUAGUACUCAGGGCCCUGGCUCUGAACCCCUCCCUGUGAACAUGUAGUUUAAGAGGUAUGUGACAAUACACAGCUUUACUGUUGCUGUCCAGUGUUGUCUGAGUCAGAGGACUUUCAACCUUAGCCUCUCCCGAGCCCGUACGGGAGUUGUAGCGAUGAGACAAGAUAGUAGCUACUAAACAAUUGAUACCACGAAAUUGGGGAGAAAAAGGGGUAAAAUUCACACAAAAGUUUUAUUUUUAUUUUUAUGAAUGUGUCGACUUUCCAAGAUACAGAUGCCAACCGAAUUAAGUACCAACGCAUGGUUGGAUUACCUUAAAAAUGGUUCAGUUUCCCACCUUUUGAUGUCCCCAGAAUCUCUGUUAACCAAGGGCUUUUCAAUAGUCACAUCGGUAGAGUAGAGGGAAAAUUUGGAAAAGUAUUUAUGGGGGACAUUGGCCUGUCUGGAGGUUUAUGUCCCCCAUAAAUACUUUUCCAAAUUUUCCCUCACUUUUGUGUGUAUUUUACCCCUUUUUUCUCCCCAAUUUCGUGGUAUCAAUUGUUAUCAGAUUCACAUGGAAUUGUUGUGCAAUUUAAAUGUUUAAAUAUGAAACUAUUUGUGGAAAGAGGAAAUUUAAUUUUAGCUUCUUAAAUGAGAACAAUUUAUCGUAGAGAAACUCUACUCUGCUCACGCAGACGUGAACAGACAUGGGUUGUAUAAGCUAUGAAACGCACCCUUAUUUCACCACUAUAUAAACCCGUUGACAAAUGUAACUUCCUGUUCCAAGGAUGUACAGACUGGCAGUCCCCACGUUGAAAGGACAAAGGCCACCUACAGAACAUCGAUGAAUUUCGAUUAUGCCAGCCAGAAUAUAGCAUGAGCUUAAAGUAUGGCAACUUGGGGUAUGAACUUUGAACUCUUAUUCACUAAAGAAGUGCUACCCCCUCCAACCCUGCUAAACGUGGGCUAGGAGAGGACGGACAGAGUAUGCAUUCUACCACGCUCCAGUUCACCACUAGACAGUGACCAGAGAUCCAUGCUGGACCACCCUGCCUGCCACCUACGAACAAGCUACUGAAGAGCAGCUCAGAAUCCUGGACCUGCUGUGGAGUGACCCCAUGCCUCAGAAUGGCUGCGUGCCCAGCGAGGUGUGGGGAGGAGGCUGCUCCUGGGGGCCAGAUGUCACCCAGGUCUUCCUCAACAGACACAACAUGCAGCUCAUCAGCCGCUCCCAUGAGUGCAAGCAGGAUGGCCUGCCACAACCGCAGGCACGUCAAGCAGGGUUUGCUGGAGUCCCUGUACCGCCAACGUGCAACCUUGGAGACCAUCUUCAGAAUAGUAGACUUAAACAACUUUGGGUUUAUCACGAUGGAGGGCUUCCGUCAGAUGUGGGAGCUGCUGAGUGCCUACUUAAAGAUGGAGAUCACUGACGAGGCCAUCUCGGACCUGUCCAUCACCAUAGACACCAAUCGGGAAGGCAACACUGAUGAGUUCAAGGAGGCCUUCCUGCUGACCGACAAUAAGAGCCGGCUGGAUAGGGUAACUUCAUGGGGACCGCCACUGACCUGACAAAACUGGAGGGUGACCCCAAUAUGAGGGAGCAGUGGGGCUGGAGGGGGACCCCAAUAUAUGAGGGAGCAGUGGGGCUGGAGGGGGACCCCAAUAAUGAGGGAGCAGUGGGGCUGGAGUGGGACCCCAAUAAUGAGGGAGCAGUGGGGCUGGAGGGGGACCCCAAUAUGAGGGAGCAGUGGGGCUGGAGGGGUGCACUAAUAUGAGGGAGUAGUGGGAAUAAGUGAAAAAAAGCAGACACUCAAGACCCAAUACACCCCAGACCAGGAACUACUACUAAUGGGAGUAGUUCAGUAUGGAGAGAGCGAGAGGAUGGAAGAGACUGCUUGUUCAUUACGUCAGGGACUAGGAAUCGAGAACAAACAAAAUCAACCAACAAGCUGCUUUGAUCAUUGACGCACAUUGAGAGACUGACACUAUGGAGUGUUACAGGCUAGAAGGUGAAUAGAAGCCCAUUCAUCUCCUUGGUGGUGAGAGAGAAGACACCACAGAGGGAUGUGGUUUGCAUUCAUUUAGUCCACAUGCAGAGGCCAAUGAGCAAUGUACACGUCGUCAUUCCAAGCAGAGUAACUUACGCAUCAUUUUAAACUUUCAAAAAUCCAAUUGAUGCCAGACUCUCAUAAAAACAUCUGGACUAACUUAUUGGUGCUUUAGUGAUAACGCGGGGAAAGCCAUCAAUUUAGUGACUCUUAUUAGUGUACGGACUGUACUGUCAUUACCAACGGACACCGGUUCACUGGAUGUUGCAGAAGGAUUAUAUCUCCAUGGGGACAUCGGUCCUUUCUCACAAGAGCGGAACUCCAGCUCAGUGUCACCCUCUGGUUUACUGUGUUAACAAGUACAGGAGGAUGACACAGAACCUGCCUCUCCAAAUGUUUGCACCCAUCACUGUAAUUGUAACUGUAAUCCUAACUUUUACUAAAGACCCAUAAUUCCUUCCAUCAUAAAGAAACUAUUUUUAAAAAUGCAAUUGUUGGGCAACCUUUAACUUUGCCAGAUGUUUGAUUCACUUGUAAUUACUGUAAGUUGCUGUUGAUGCUGGAAUGUUAUUUGACAUAUCAGAAGGUAACAUUGGGAAUGCAUUGGAUGUAAACACAAGUGUCAUUACUUUGAAUUCAUAUUUUUAACCAAACAUGUUAAGCUUGUGUGCGUAUGGGUAAUGAAUCCAAGAAUAUCAGAGUGUUUCUGUAUUUUAUUUGUGUGUGUCACACAAAAUCUUGAUGACAUGAUAGCAAACUUGGUAAUGUAACAGUGGAAGUUCUGGAAAUCAUUUUUAAAAAGUAUGUUUGAAGCAACAAUGAGUUUCUUUUUAGAGGUACAAUAGAAUACAGGCACUGGAGAUCAAUAGUUGCAAGUAUUUGAUCAUAAUAUCGUAUAAUACAUUCAAAUAAAAAUGUCAAAUAUCCAAAAGGAAAACAUUGGUAUUAGUAAAUAAUUAACACUGCAAGCCGCUCAAUGCAUUUACAUUUAAUUUUUUUAAAGAUGUGAAUACUGAGCUCUUUAUACUAAUAACCACCAGAUGGCGCACAUACACUACUUGUUCACGCAGAUAUAUCCAAUCAGACAGACAGUUCAGUACUCUUCCUUCAUUUCCUUAAUUAUUACUGAUAGGCCACACCUCUCACCUGUCAUGUUCAUUCAUAUCAGCCGCCAGGAAGGAAAGGGGACCAUAAGACUUCAGAUACAACCAUGGGUAGAAGUGCACAAUUUGCCCUACACUCCUCCUGCAUGAGCCUUUCGUGAUGAAUCAAUAGUUAUAUUGCUUGCAUGUAUGAUUUCUGAAGAAAAAAUAUUAAUGUUCAUUGAAUUCCUACAUUUGAAUUAAACUCAACAGGAAUAAAAAAAGGACAUGAGAACACUAAAAAAAGAUAAGCUUACACCCAGGCAUUGCAGACAAUGUCCAAACAUGCCUGAAAUUCAGCAUGGUGGUAUGUCCAUUUUCAAAACAACUAUGGUAGAGGAUAUGGAAAAACAUGCCAUAAGUGUCCAUUUUCAAUGUAUGUAGGAAGAAUAGAAUGGCCUAUAGAAAUUCUGAGCCUGAGGUCAUGUUAGAAGAGGGACAAACAGCAUUAUUCUAUGCUGGAAGCAAGGCAAGGUUUUUAUGUUUUGAAACUGUGUUCCUUUGUUUCCCAGAAUCCAUAUAAGGGCCUGUGGGGGUGGUGGCUGACUUCUACAGAGGUAACACACAUGACACAGCCUGCCCGCCGACCCUAUUCUCUGUCACAACCCCACAAAAUUCUGCUAUCUUUCCCUAAAUUCCCUGGUUUUCCAGAAAUCCUGAUUGAAGGAUAUCAGAUUUCCUGCUUAUUUGCUCCCAAUUCCAGGAAUAUUUUAACUGGGAUUUCUGGAAAACCCAACAU